GAGAAAAUCGGAAAGACCGGGUUUUAUUAAGCAGCGUGGGAGCCGCCAUGUUGUACGGCAGGAGGCGGCUGAGGGGAACUUCCGGUUCCGGUGGGGGAGCGGCCCCUCAGCGCUGGCGGAGCGGGGGGUUUCCUCCAAUCCCAAAUUCCCGAAAUUCCAUCAAAAUUCCCGAAAAAAUUCCCGAAAAAAUGAACUGAGGCCCCUCCCCCCCCUUGGAUGGCCCCCUGGAAUUUUGGGGGAUCCCAAAAUGGGGGAUUCAGAAAAUCCCGGGAAUCCCCCGAAGGAGGAGGAGGAGGACGAGGAGGAGGAGGAGGAGGAGGAAGAGCUGGACCCCCGGAUCCAGGAGGAGCUGGAGCACCUGAACGAGGCCAACGCUGAAAUCAAUCGGGGGGAGCUGGAGCUGGAUGCCGCCCGUUCCCGCUAUCGCCGCAUCCUCUCGGAUUCCGCCCGGAAAUUGAAUUCCCAAGGAUCCCAACUCGGGAAUUGCAUCGAGAGAGCCCGGCCCUACUACGAGGCCCGGAGGAGAGCCAAGGAGGCGCAGCAGGAGACGCAGCGGGCGGCGCUGCGGUACGAGCGCGCGGUGGGGAUGCACAACGCGGCGCGGGAAAUGGUCUUCGUGGCCGAGCAGGGAAUGGGCACCGGGAAAAACCGCCUGGAUCCCACCUGGCAGGAGAUGCUCAACCACGCCACCAGGAAGGUGAACGAGGCGGAGCAGGAGCGGCUCUGGAGCGAGCGGGAGCACCAGAGGGUGACCAGGCUGUGCCAGGAGGCCGAGGCCGAGGUGCAGCGGCUGCAGAAAUCCCUGAGGCGCGACAUCGCCCGCAGCCGGCCCUACUUCGAACUCAAAGCCCAGUUCAACCAGAGGCUGGAGGAGCACAAAUCCCGCGUGAAUUCCCUGGAAUCCGCCGUCUCCCAAGCCAAGCUCCGCUAUUCCGUCGCCCUCCGGAACCUGGAACAAAUCAGCGAAGAAAUCCACGCCCGAAGAUUCCAGAGAAUCCUCCGGAAAAAACACCGGGAAAACCCCUUGGGAGCCGAGGGAGGAUCCCAAAAUCCCGAAAUCCCGGGAAUUCCGGGUAGGACGGGCGGGGAGGAUCCCGGAAUUCCCGGAAUUCCGGCGGGAAUUUCCACCUCCGGGGAUUCUCUGUCGGUGCUGAGCCUCCAAACCAUCGCCUCGGAUCUGCAGAAAUUCGAUUCCGUGGAACAUUUGGCGGGAAUUCCCGGGAUUUCGGGAAUUCCGGAUGCGCUGAGUCUGCAGGGAGAGGAGCUGGGGGAGGGGAGGGAGAGGAGGAGGAAUUUCCGGCACCAUCGGAGCGUCAGCCUCUGAUUUUUUGGGAAUUUUUUGGGAAUUUUGGGAAUUUUUGGGGAUUUCUUGGGAAUUUCAGGAUUUUUUGAGGAAUUUUUGGGGAUUUUUUGGGAAUUUUUUGGGAAUUUCUUGGGAAUUUCAGGAUUUUUUUAGGAUUUUCUGGGAAUUUUUGGGGAUUUUUUGGGAAUUUUUUGGGAAUUUUUUGGGGGAUUUCCUGGGAUUUUUUGGGAUUUUUUUGGGAUUUUUUUGGGGAUUUCCUGGGAUUUUUUGGGAUUUUUUUGGGGAUUUCCUGGGGUUUUUGGGAAUUUUUGUGGAUUUUUUGGGGGGAUUUUUGGGAUUUCUUGGGAUUUCUUGGGAAUUUCAGGAUUUUUUGAGGAUUUUUUUGGGGUAUUUUUGGGGGUUUUUGGGAAUUUUUUGGUUUGUUUUUUUUUUUAACUUUUCUGGGAUUUCCUGGGAUUUUUGGGGAUUUUUUUUGGAAUUUUUGGGAAUUCCCGGGAUUUCGGGAAUUCCAGAUGCGCUGAGUCUGCAGGGAGAGGAGCUGGGGGAGGGGAGGGAGAGGAGGAGGAAUUUCCGGCACCAUCGGAGCGUCAGCCUCUGAUUUUUUGGGAAUUUUUUGGGGAAUUUUGGGAAUUUCUUGGGAAUUUCAGGAUUUUUUUAGGAUUUUCUGGGAAUUUUUGGGGAUUUUUUGGGAUUUUUUGGGGGAUUUUUUGGGAAUUUUGGGGGGAUUUCUUGGGAUUUUUUGGGAAUUUUUUGGGAUUUUUUUGGGGGAUUUCCUGGAAUUUUUGGGGAUUUUUUUUGGAUUUUUGGGAUUUCUUGGGAAUUUUUGUGAUUUUUGGGAUUUUUUGGGAAUUUUAGGAUUUUUUUGGGAUUUUUUUGGGGUAUUUUCUGGGGUUUUUGGGAAUUUUUGGGGGAUUUUUUUGGGGUUUUUGGGAAUUUUUUGUUUCGUUUUUUUUUAACUUUUCUGGGAUUUCCUGGGAUUUUUGGGGAUUUUUUUUGGAAUUUUUGGGAAUUCCCGGGAUUUCGGGAAUUCCAGAUGCGCUGAGUCUGCAGGGAGAGGAGCUGGGGGAGGGGAGGGAGAGGAGGAGGAAUUUCCGGCACCAUCGGAGCGUCAGCCUCUGAUUUUUUGGGAAUUUUUUGGGGAAUUUUGGGGAUUUCUUGGGAAUUUCAGGAUUUUUUUAGGAUUUUCUGGGAUUUUUUGGGAAUUUUUUGGGGGAUUUCUUGGGAUUUUUUGGGAAUUUUUUAGGGAUUUUUUGGGGAUUUUUUGGGGGAUUUCUUGGGAUUUUUUGGGAUUUUUUUUGGGAUUUCCUGGGAUUUUUUGGGAAUUUUUGCAGAUUUUUUGGGGGGAUUUUUGGGAUUUCUUGGGAAUUUCAGGAUUUUUUGAGGAUUUUUUUGGGGUAUUUUUGGGGGUUUUUGGGAAUUUUUUGGUUUUGUUUUUUUUUUUAAUUUUCUGGGAUUUCCUGGGAUUUUUUGGGAAUUUUUGGGGAAUUUUGGGGGGAUUUUGGGGAUUUUUUGGGAAUUUUGGGGGGAUUUUUUGGGAUUUUUUUGGGGGGUUUUGAGAUGAAAUUUUUUGGGGAAUUGGGGAGUUUUAAGGGAGUUUUCAGAAAUCCUGAAAAAUCCUGGGGAAUUCCAAGAAAUUCUGAGGAAAUCGCAAAGAAUUCCAAGGAAAUUGCAAGAAAUUCCAAGGAAAUCCAAUGAAAUCCCGAAAAAUCCUGGAAAAUCCCAAGGAAAUCCCAAAAGAUCCUGGAAAAUCCCAAAAAUUCCAAGAAAAUCCAAAAAAAUCCCAGGAAAUCCCAAAAAAUCCCUCAAAAUCCUGGAAAAUCCCAAGGAAAUCCCAGAAAAUCCCGAGGAAAUUCCAAGAAAUCCCAAAAAAAUCCCAGGAAAUCCCAAAAAUUCCUGGGAAAUCCCACAAAAUUCAAGGGAGUCCCACAAAAUCCUGGAAAAUCCCAAGGAAAUCCUGGAAAAUUCCAUGAAAUCCCAAAAAAAUCCUGAGGAUAUCCCAAGAAUUCCCAAAAAAAACCCCCAAGGAAUGGGAUUGGGAUUCCAAAGGAAUUCCUGGAGGGAAUUUUGGGAAUAAAUCCCGGGAAUUUGGGGUUUUUGGGAAUAAAUCCCUGGAAUUUGGGGCCUAAAUCCUGGGAAUUUGGGGGUUUUGGGAAUAAAUCCCAGGAAUUUGGGGUUUUUGGGAAUAAAUCCCUGGAAUUUGGGGCCUAAAUCCUGGGAAUUUGGGGUUUUUGGGAAUAAAUCCUGGGAAUUUGGGGUUUUUGGGAAUAAAUCUCUGGAAUUUGGGGCCUAAAUCCCAGAAUUUGGGGUUUUGGGGAAUAAAUCCCAGGAAUUUUGGGAAUAAAUCCCAGGAAUUUGGGGUUUUUGGGAAUAAACCUCUGGAAUUUGGGGCUUAAAUGCCAGAAAUUUGGGGUUUUUGGGAAUAAAUCCCGGGAAUUUGGGGUUUUUGGGAAUAAAUCUCUGGAAUUUGGGGCCUAAAUCCUGGGAAUUUGGGGUUUUUGGGAAUAAAUCCCGGGAAUUUGGGGUUUUUGGGAAUAAAUCCUGGGAAUUUGGGGUUUUUGGGAAUAAAUCUCUGGAAUUUGGGGUCUAAAUCCUGGGAAUUUGGGGUUUUUGGGAAUAAAUCUCUGGAAUUUGGGGGAUAAAUCCCGGAAUUUUGGGAAUUCUGGGAUUUGAGGGGGGGGCUGUGAUGAGAACCCCCCCGGGUUCGAGGCAGCCCUGGGAAUUCCCAUGGAAUUUUUUCCCAGCUCCAUCACAUCCCAAAAAUCCCCAAAAAUCCCUAAAAAUCCCCAGCUGGAAUUCCAGGAAAUCCAAGAAAACUUCAGGAAUUUGGGGGGGAAAAAAAUCCCGGAAAAGUCUGGAUAUCAAUAAAAUUCCUUCUUGUUGUAA